AUGGAGUUUGAAAAGGUGAAGAAGCCUGUCAUGGAGAAACAGCAAACGAACAUCAGGACCAAAUCCAUGGAAGUGGAUGUCAAAGUGGGCUGCAACGUCCCAUGCAAGUUCUGGGGCUCCAAUGGAAAAGCUGCAAGUCACGCUGGCUACCUGCGGCGCCUUACACAGCCGUAUUUCCUAGGCGGAGACGCUUCUGGACUUAUGUUCAUAUGGUUGAUGUGCUGCAUGAUGUUCAUCGUGACUGGAUUGACAAUGGUCCUGAUGACUGGAGUGCUGCUGAUUACACAAGCGACAGUGCCAGAGUUUGCGGAAAAACUGGUAUCAGGUGACAGCGGCUUCAUUGCCUUGCUAUUUGGGAUGUGGAAAGCUCCUGAAGGAGGCGUUAUCUACGCCCUUAGUGCCCUGGGAACCUUGAGCUUCAUCUACAAUCGCCAGCAUUUGAGGAAUCGCAGGUGGGUUGGAUGGAUGUUGCUCGGAGCCAUUGUGUUCAUCCUUCUGGUCAUCAACAUCCUCAACACGGGCAUUGGCUUCAUUGCCCGAGACCUCACUAAUGCCUUGGUUGCAAAGGAUGGACCUUUGGCCUACAAAGUUCUCAUGGUCUAUGCCGCGUGCUUCAUCAUCGCCUUACCGAUUCGCAGUGCCCAGUUCUGGUUCACAGCCAAACUAUCGAUCCUUUGGCGUGAGUGGCUCACUCGGAACUUCAUCGACGGAUACAUGAGCCACCGUGCCUACUACGACAUCAACCCCAACGAUGAAGCAGAAACCGAAGUGGACAAUCCUGACCAGCGGAUGUCCGAGGAUGUUCGAACUUUUACCAAAGAGAGCUUGUCCUUCACAGUCGGUGCCUUUGACGCUUUGUUGACCUUUGUCCUGAACAUCAUGGUUUUGUGGAGCAUCAGUCAAGAGCUCACCUUGGCUCUGUUCCUCUACUCUGGCACUGCCACUGUGGUUUUGAUUCUUUCCAGCCACAAACUGGUGCGGAUCAACUACAACCAGCUGCGUUAUGAGGCAGAUUUCCGCUAUGGUUUGGUGCAUGUGCGCAACAAUGCAGAGGCCAUCGCCUUCUAUUCGGGCGAGGAGCCUGAAAAGAAGGAAACAAAGAGGAGAUUGGGUUGGGUCGUCACAAACUUCAACUACCUCAUCAAGUGGGAGGUCAUCAUCAGUGUUCUUCGCCGUUCAUACGGAUAUGCAGGAAAUUUCUUUCCGUACCUGAUGAUGGCGCCAGCCUACUUGAGGGGCGAAAUUGAGUAUGGAAGCUUCAUCCAGGCCAAAUUUGCAUUCAAUAUGGUUGAGGGAGCCUUGUCAUUCGUGGUGUCCAACAUUGACCAGAUCGCACAAUGGUGGGCUGGGGUCAGCCGACUUGCCGGAUUCCAGACAAGCCUCGCUGAGAUCAAUGCAAAGGGCAGGGAGAAGGAGAUGCUGCGUGAGCAGCGGGAGCUCCAAGGAGUUGUGCACGUGGAUUUAGAACAUGGCAUCGACACUGGCGGGAUGCUGCUGCACAACGUGACGGUGAAAGCGCCUGGCUCUGAACAGCUCCUGGUGGAAGACUUGACGUUGUCCGUGGGUCCCGGUGAGCGUUUGCUGGUUGUUGCACCAUCUGGCUGUGGCAAGACCUCCGUUCUGCGGGUGGCCAGCGGCCUGUGGGAACCAACCAUGGGAUCUGUGAAGAGGCCACAUGUGGGUGACUUGCUCUUUGUACCCCAAAGGCCCUACAUGCUCCUAGGCUCACUGAAAGAGCAGCUUUGCUAUCCCCUACCACAGGACAGCUUCGAUGAAGACACUCUCCGGGACACUUUGCAAAAAGUGCGCCUCCAAAAGUUGGUGGACAGAUACCCAGAUUUGAAUAUCAAGCAGGAUUGGCCUCGACUGUUGUCCCUGGGCGAGCAACAGCGCCUGGCCUUUGCCCGGCUGCUGUUGAACGCACCACGCUACGCCGUGUUAGAUGAAGCCACAAGUGCACUGGACGUUGCGACAGAGAAAUUACUCUAUUCCAUUCUGGUGGAACGUGGUGUCGCGGUCAUCAGAUUCUUGGAUGUGUUGGUCACCGACCAACCUUGGCAGAUUACCACCAACAGGACGGCGGAGCGCGAGGCGCAAGGAAGCGCGAGGAACAUUUCGCAAACCCAGAGUCGAAUCGACCUGGCGCGUUUGAUGUGCGACAAAGGGAACCCUCAUCGGGCGACACCGUUCCUUCUGGAAGCUGCCCUCGGCAUUUUCAAGGGUCUAGACGGUUCCAGCACCAGCACCAGCAAUGGCAUCGUUCGACGUCCCCACUCGCUGCUUCUCAAGCAAGCAGACGAGUCAAUCACAGGAAGGCUCCAGAAGCUUCUGGGCAUUGUGAGCGGUGCAGAGGUAGAUGUUGCUGUUGCAGAUUUUGCAGGAGCUGUGAUUUAUAUGGGUGAGCUGAAGGAUGCGAACGGCGAAAUCGGCGAAGUCGGCGAGGCCGUGGAUUGCCACAAGGUACGCUGCAACUCUUUCGUUGUGGGAGCAGCCUCUGGUGUACUCCUGGACCUUGCGGCUCGAGAGGUUCGAAAUCGGGAUUUGAUCCCAAAGUUAUCAGCUGUGGCAACGGAGCAGUUCCAGAGGGGACGUCGCUCCCUUGCCCGUUUACGUGGAAAAUCUGAAGUGCCAGUGGAAGCAUCAAGGCCAGUGGAGAUUGAGCAUCAGACGGAGUCGCGCCCUGGCCUUGUGGCUGCAGUUACAGGUCUGUUGCUCUUUGGUGCUAUGGUCCUGAAAGCCAGGCGAAGAGGUGCGGUGAAAGCACCUCCAACUCCGGCGGAGACACCCGUUAUGAAGCCCAAAGCUAAGCCUCCACCUCCUCCAAGGAACAUGAAAGGCGGACCAAAGGCUUCUCCUCGGCCAAAAGCAAAUACACUGGAUGAGGGCAUGCUCAGCCCUCGCUCGGCCGAAUUCGCGCGCUUCGGCAAGAGGAUUCACUGGGUGAAGCCCAGUUGUGAAGAACCACAAGAGGAUACAAUCUUUGGCGAGCUCAAAAUGGGAAGUGCAAAGAGCGAAGACACAAAGCCGAAGCUUCAGUUUGACAAGGAUCUGAUGGAUGCCAUGUUUACUCCCAGAAGUGCUCGAACUCCAACUGCCACUCCUCGCAGAUCUUGGACAGGGCCCAAGCCACAAGGCAUUUGUUUGCUGGACAACAGCCGUGCCCACAACAUCGCCAUCGUCCUCACCAAGCUGGCCAUCAGCACAGAGGAGUUGAGUCGAUGCAUCCGCUCUUUUGAUACAGGUCAGCAGCGGCUGAAGGCAGAUCACGUGGAAUUGCUCCAUGUGGCGAUGCCCACAGCCUCGGAGGUGACAAAGCUGCAGGAGAGCAAGCACAAGGAAGAGGCUUUGCGCGAUGUGGAGCGGAGGUUGCUGCCAUUGUGUACUUUGAGCCCCACCAGGAUCAAGGUCAUGAAGUUUGCUUUGACUUACGAAUCGACUCGUGAAGUCCUCAUGCAGCGCUGCAAGGUGCUUCGCGAUGCUGCAGAUGAAGCCAGGAACAGCCCACAAUUCCGGGAUUUGCUGGCGAUCAUCCUGGAGGCUGGCAACUACAUCAAUGGCGAUCCGGGUGCAAAGCAGGAGCGUGUGAGAGCCUUCAGCAUCGAGUCGCUACAGUCCUUGGCCAACUUCAAGGUUGGGUGCAUCUCCUGCAUGCACUUUUUGUGCAUCACGAUGAGAGCUUCAGAUACCAAGUUUUUGUCGUGCCUGGAGAAGAGUCUGAAAGACGUUCGCCAAGCUGCCAAGGAAAAGUUCUCUAUGCUCCGUUCUGAAGUCGAGUCUUUCAUGGGUGAGGUGAACUUCGCUCAGGCCCGGCUCCGCGAGAUGACGCUGAAAGAUGCCAAGGAAGUGAAGCCAAAACCCGCACCUGUGCUUGAGGCCAAGGCGGAGAACUGCAGUGAACCGGAACCCGAAGUGCCAGUGCCCGGAGUGCCUGAAGUGGAAGGCGAGAAAGAAACACCAGAGCUUCCAUGGCCCGAGGUCACAGAGGAGGUGCUGGCCCGAGAACGCCUGUCCAUGCUUGUGUCAGACUUCACAUGGAAGGCACACCACCUCCGACUUGAGUUGGCUCGGGCGGAGCAGGCAGCAGUGGAUGUGCAGAGUUACUUCUCCACUACCGGAUCCCCUCGAAAAGACAAGGAUGCGAGCCAGGCUGCCAAGCUCCAAAGAGUUCCCCCCGAACAGUUCUUUGGGCACAUCUCUGGUUUCCUUGACAUGGUGAAGACCAGCUGGAACGAGAUCGAAGCAAAUCCAGGAAAGUGGCGGCAGUUCAUGAGCUCUGCAGACCGCUGCAAGGCUUCUGGAGCAAGCUUCGCAAGGAGGAUCCAAGAUAUGGAACCUGGCAAAGAGAAGACAGACAGCGAAUCAGGCGCAACACCUCGUGUCAGAGGUGGCACCGAUAGCAGCCUGGGAGACAUGCCAGUGUCGCCACGCAAAACCGACAAAGUUGCUCACAAGGACAGUGAAAGACUCCUGUCUCCACGAAAAAGAGGUAGUGCUGAUAACCUGGGAGACAUGGUGUCGCCACGCAACACCGACAAAGUUGCUCACAAGGACAGUGAAAGACUCCUGUCUCCACGAAAAAGAGGUAGUGCUGAUAACCUGGGAGACAUGGUGUCACCACGCAAAACCGACAAAGUUGCUCACAAGGACAGUGAAAGACUCCUGUCUCCACGAAAAAGAGGUAGUGCUGAUAACCUGGGAGACAUGGUCUCUGCUUCGCCAGAAAGCCCUCGAGGUUCCAAGGCUGACCAGGCCACGGGUCGCACAGCAACGGACCACGGAGCAACUGAUGUGUUUUUUUGGCAUUGCCAAGGCGAUGCAUUCUCCAAGGCAUCAAGGCAAGUCCGACGUCUUGGCCAGCCCACGCUCCAAGAUGGAGGCCGGUCCGAAGCCUGCCUUAAAGAAGGCUCCAGUGGUGCCCAAGCUCAACUUGAAAAUGAAUAA